AUGGACCGUUUCCCCUCGGACCUCAACGAAACGAUCGCUCCCCACAGCGUAGCGUGCAAUCCUUUCAUCGAUUUGAGCCCCAAGCGGAUGCCCCGAGAAGCCGAAGAGCCACUCCACAGGAGGAUGGCGCGAAAUCCCUUCACCGGCUUCAUUCAGCACAGCGUUUGUUCGACCACUUCACAGAUCCGCCGUGGCAUGCCCGUCGUCCUUCAGCCGCGCCGCCUUUCGGUGGGCUUCGCCGGCACCGCGCCCGUCUUGCGGCGCGCGGGCGCCGUCGCUGGCCCGACGGGACCGCGCGACGAGGAGAUGGAACCGAUGACUCCUGUGGUGGAGCAGAUCGGCCCUUGCUUCGCACCCUUACACCUGAUGCUGGACCUUGCUGAGGACGUGGUCCGAGAUGAGAGAGCAGGCGAACUUUACCGAAGAGAUGUGGAGAUGAAGAAGAACCUUGUGGAACCAGCCAGCGACAAACAGCGCGGCUUGGGUGCCCAGCUGAGCAAAAGCCUCAUGUUCGGGAUGCCCAGAUGGAUCUAUUUGCUCACCAUCCUCUUAUGGUCUAGCGAUGCCAUCGCCACGGGUACGCUCUUCGACGUGUACUUCAGUGACUUGGCGCGUCGCCAGGGCUUCCAAGAGCCCAACGAGUUCGUGGGCAUCAUGGAGUCCAGUCGAGGGAUCACUUGUCUCCUGGCGGCCAUCCCGUUGGGUUGCCUCUUUGACCGCUUUGAUCGCUUAUGUGUCCUGCGGGUUUGCGUGCUGUGCUUUGGGCUUUCUGGGGCAGUCACCCUAGCAGUGAGCAUUCUCACCGAGCGCCUACCCUUGGCCGUGCCGGGCCUUGCGCUCUAUGCUGUUUAUUUCCAGGCCGGGACUGGCAGCUUGGACGCACUGCUGGCUGAUGCCCUGCCGCCCCAGCAACGGACAGCGGCCUAUGCCACGGCAAGGACCUUGCAGACAGCUUCUCGGGCCUUGGGGCCCUUCCUUCAGGCGGUGGUGAUGUUCAUCGUUCCUUCCAAGCAAGAGCUCAGCAAGCUCUUGCUGGCGGGCUAUGUGGGCUUGGCAGCCUUUCUCUUGAUUUUGUGGCCUUUGAGGGUUCCAGAAGCAUCUCCAAGACUUUUGGCAGCUUCUGGCGCUGAUCAUUCAGAGCAUUCUCAUGAAAAGAUCUUGAAGAUUCCCAAGCACAUCUUGGUGCCCGGCAUAGCGAUGGUCUUCAACCUGUUUAUCAUGCUCGGCGGAGGAAUCACACUUAAAUUCUUUCCAAUUUUUUACCACCAGGAGUACAGACUCUCUGAAAUGGCCGUGUGCUUGAUCAUGGCCGGUUACUGGCUCAUGACAGCUUUAGGCAGUUAUAUGGCUGCUUUCAUUUCGCGAAUUGCCCGACGUGUUGUCUUGGUGCUCGGGACCGCGUUUCUGGGUGCAGCGCUACUCUUCCUCUUUGUUGUUACAAAACCUCUUCCAUGGAGCCUGGCCAUUUUUGAGUUUCGACCACUCAUCAAUAAUGCACACUUCGCGCUCAACACAGCUUUGACCAUGGAGUAUGCUUUACCCCAGCACCGGGGCAAGUGGGCCUCUCUGGGCUCCCUGAACCGCGCGACCUUCGCCGGGAGCGCAGUGCUGGGUGGCUACAUCUCGGAUGCCUACGGCUACCGUCUGGGCUUUGCGGUGACCGGGUGCUUCUGCAUGUGUGGGGUGCUGGUUUACUCGCCCAUGUGGUGUCUGGUGCGGCAUCCCUGA